AUAAUAAUCUCCCAAAUCGUCUCUCCGUUUCCUCUCCCCACAAAGAUGUCGUCGAAGAAGAUUAUUCUCAAGAGCUCCGAUGGCGAGUCCUUCGAGGUUGACGAGGCGGCUGCUAAUUAUCUCAACAUCAAGAACCUUCUUGACCUCACAUGCCAGACAGUGGCGGAUAUGAUCAAGGGCAAAACUCCAGAAGAGAUCCGCACGACCUUCAACAUCAAGAACGACUUCACGCCUGAGGAAGAAGAGGAGGUUCGCAGAGAGAACCAGUGGGCUUUUGAAUGA